AUCCCUGCUGGCAAGCCAGACGCGCCCGUUGCCUCAAGGUGGCAAGUCCCCACACGUGCAACAGAGAUGGAGGAGCAAAGGCUAUCGCUGCAUCGGCGGGGUGAUGUACCGAGUGUCGGCGAAUAAACUCUCCAAGACUUCCAGCACCCCUGGCCGGGGCAGAGACCUGAGCACCAAGAGCCCCGGCAGAGCAGCGAGGUUGCAUUGCACCCCCAGUCCUGGCUUCUCUCCAUCCGGCUGCCUCAACAGAUCAGCUACGAGCCGAUACAUCGCCAGCCGUGCUGUUCAGCGAAGUUUGGCCAUCAUUCGUCAAGCCAAGCAGAAGAAAAAGAAGAAGGAAUACUGUAUGUACUACAACCGCUUCGGCAAGUGUAAUCGUGGGGAGAGCUGCCCCUACAUCCACGAUCCAGAGAAGGUGGCCGUCUGCACCAGGUUUCUCCGUGGCACAUGCAAGAAGACGGACGGAACCUGUUCCUUUUCCCACAAGGUGUCCAAAGACAAGAUGCCAGUGUGCUCCUACUUCCUGAAGGGAAUCUGCAGCAACAGCAACUGCCCGUACAGCCACGUCUACGUGUCCAGGAAGGCAGAAGUGUGCCAGGAUUUCCUCAAAGGCUAUUGCCCCAUGGGAGAAAAGUGCAAGAAGAAGCACACACUGGUUUGCCCCGACUUUGCCAAGAAAGGCAUCUGCCCCAGGGGUGCCCAGUGCAAGCUGCUGCACCCACAGAAGAAGCGUCACCUGAGAGAGGCAGAAGAUGGAGACCGCAGCGACCCCCCUUCCAAGUGGAGACGGGUCUGGGAGGAGACGGGCAGGAAUGAUCCAGCUCAGCUCCACGAUGAUGGGGAAAUACCUGGACCCUCCAGCAUGGAGCAAGAGGUGAAGUUUUGGAAAGAGACGGACAUCACGCCAACCAGCUGGCUGCAAAAGCUACCAUCCUUCAUCUCCCUCCAGUCCUCAGCCUCUCCUGGUGUCCAGGGCUGCAAAGUGGAGCAGGAUGAGGAUGAGUCAGAGGAUGAACCAG